CUCUGUUCCCAGGUCUCGGAAGUGAUGCCCAUGGCGUCCCCCAAGACCCUAUUCCUCUGCCUGCUGGUCCUGGCAGUCACUGAAGGCCGGGUUCAGGAGGCAGCCACCCCAGGCUGCCACUUGCACCCUUUCAAUGUGACCGUGCGAAGUGACCGCCAAGGCACCUGCCAGGGCUCUCACAUGGCACAGGCCUGCGUGGGCCACUGCGAGUCCAGCGCCUUCCCUUCCCGGUACUCUGUGCUGGUGGCCAGUGGCUAUCGACACAACAUCACCUCAGUCUCUCAGUGCUGCACCAUCAGCGGCUUGAAGAAGGUGAAGGUGCAGCUGCAGUGCGUGGGGGACCGGAGGGAGGAGCUUGAGAUCUUCACGGCCAGGGCCUGCCAGUGCGACAUGUGUCGCCUCUCUCGCUUCUAGGCCAUCCUCUGCCCGCCUUCCUCCCC